AAUGCCUCUGCAGUUGUAGUCGUAGUCAUAGUCAUAGUCGUAGUUAGUUGGUAUAUUGCAUACAACUAGAAUGUAGUGGUAUUUCCAACGAUUGUAGACCACGUGGCUUUUAAAACUCACAUCAGUUGCUUUUAAACUACGACUAGACUCACUACUCAACAAUAUUUCCCGCUUUAUCGUUGGUUUACUCCUAAAAAAAAGUGUUUUUGUUUUUUAAUAAUAUUUUUAAAAUUAAAUUCAAAUUUUAUUUAAUUAAUUAUUACCAUGUUGCAGUGAAAUUUUUAUUGUAUUUGUUAUACUGUGGUUGACAAGUCAAAAAAAAAGUGAUAUAAUCUAUUUACGAGUACUUGAAAGUUACCACCAUUGGAUUACAGUAAAUUUGACAGGAAGGGAGGCCGCGAGCUUUUUUCAUCGUUGAAUAACAACGAUGCGGCCUCACUUAGUAAUUUCACGUGCUGGAUGUACGGCUAUAUCGAUGAAAGCAGAUUGGCAAAUGAAGUUGGUGGACUCGUUGAAGAUCCGAUGGUGGUUGAGAAGAGUCAGAGUUCCGGUGUAACUGGAAAUUCGGUUCAAUUGUCUCAAGUUCCUCGGCUAUACUCCGGCGACAUAGAUAUUGCAAUAAAAAAGGACAUUAAUAAUAAAGACAGUAAAGAAUGUAAUAUUGAAUUGUCCGAGUUGGACGAAUUCCUGCAUUGUCGUGGCUGCAACGACAAUAACCGAGAAAUGGUGGGCCAAGACAUGGCCCAGAGCUAUAACGAGCUCUUCCACGCAGCCCAGGAACCUCAAGAAUUCAUCUCGCUCGAAGAAUUAGGCCCGAGAAUUACCACCGAUCACCAUUGUCAUCAAACGGUAGCUAAUCCUGGUAUAAAUAGUGACCAGUUGUAUGGAGACACUGAUGACGGGCAGCAUCAAAGUCAGCCGAGGACUUAUUAUAAUUUAUCUUCUCUUCCAGACUCAUGCGCAAGUGUUUAUUUUGGUGACAUACGUAAUGGAAACAAUGGAAUCCAGGCUGGAGAACCACUUGCACCGACAGCGACUCCAGCGACAGGAACAUUGUCACCUGAAAGACUUGAUCGGCACUCGAGCAUCAAAGGCCCGGCAAAUGAAAGAAAAAACAAUGUCAACACCACGACGACCACAACGGUGGUACAAGCAAUAACAGUAUCAGUAGCGACGAACAUCAGCAACAGCAGCAUCACAAACUGUUCCGUCCGUGAUGUUAAAAUCUCUCGAGUUGACGGAACUUCAGGGCCAGCCGUGCCCGAGUACAACCAAAAUUGCAUCGAACCUUUUACGCAUCCCGAUAGCUGUGCGAUGCAGACUGUCUUGUCGCCGAGUCAGAGCCACUCGUAUCAUCACCACCACCACCAUCAUCAUCGUCACCAUCAUCAUCAUCAUCACCACCGUGAAAUCCUUGAUAGUCAUUGCAAUACUCCUGAAGAUGAUUGCUUACCUUUUACUAAAAAAAGAAAAGUUUCUUGUCAAGAUGAAAAUGAUCUGAUAGAAGAUACAAUAGAUAAUAAUAAAUCACUCCGUAUAAAUGCUGACAGUAAAAAGCAAAAUCACAGUGAAAUAGAGAAACGAAGACGCGAUAAAAUGAAUACUUACAUCACUGAAUUAUCAGCGAUGAUACCGAUGUGCCAUGCAAUGUCUAGAAAAUUAGAUAAGCUCACUGUAUUACGUAUGGCAGUGCAACAUAUUAAGACAAUAUUAGGCGCAGUUACAACUUACACUGAGGGUCAUUACAAGCCGGCGUUUCUCAGCGAACAAGAGUUGAAAACUUUGAUCUUACAGGCUGCUGAUGGUUUUCUCUUUGUCGUCGGUUGUGAUCGUGGGAAAAUUUUAUAUGUAUCAGAAUCUGUUUCUGAAAUACUCAAUUAUUCUCAAGAGGAUUUACUGGGUCAAAGUUGGUUUGAUAUAUUGCAUCCAAAAGACGUAGCGAAAGUUAAAGAGCAAUUAUCUUCAUCAGACUUAAGCCCGCGGGAAAGAUUAAUAGACGCGCGAACGAUGCUUCCGGUGAAGACUGACGUACCGCAUGAUGUUUCAAGGCUGUGUCCCGGAGCAAGGAGAUCAUUUUUUUGUCGAAUGAAGCGAAAGUUAAUUGAAAAAUCUUCCGGAUGUAAUGAGUCUCAGAUUAAAGAAGAAAUGGACCCUGCGAUUGGUUGUCAUCGCAGAAAAAAACAGCAAAGUACUGACUGGAAAUACUGUGUUAUCCAGUGUACCGGUUAUUUAAAGUCCUGGGGGCCGGCAAAACUCUGUGUGGAAGAGCAAGAAGGCGAAAGUGAUGGUGAAGCAGGAAAUUUAUCUUGUCUAGUAGCUAUUGGAAGAGUUCAACCAAGCUUACCAGCUCUCACUUCUAAUUCAUCGCGUACGCCGCGAUUAAGGACCAUUGAAUUUGUUUCGCGGCAUGCUACGGACGGAAAAUUUCUUUUCGUCGACCAAAGGGCGACGAUUGUGUUGGGUUUCUUGCCACAAGAACUUUUAGGAACAAGUAUGUACGAAUAUUACCAUCAUGACGACAUUCAUCACCUUGCAGAGUCUCACAAAGCGGCACUUAAAUCUUCCGAACGGGUUACGACACAGGUUUAUCGAUUUAAAGCUAAAGGUGCUAGUAUUGUAAGACUACAGUCCGAGUGGAGAUCUUUUGAAAACCCAUGGACCAAAGAUGUUGAAUAUCUUAUUGCAAAAAAUUCAGCUGUUUGUAUCGAUAGUCAAGAAAAUAGUAGGUAUGAGACGAGCUCAAAUGUACAAGAGAAUUAUGACUUUUAUACUCAAAGUAACGCUAGUCUAGGACGACUAAUCUCUAGUCAAGUAGAGAUCUCAACGGCAGCAUCUUCUGAAAGAGAUCGUGAUUCAACUCAAUCCAGCAUUGGCAAUGAAGCGAAUGACUUAACGCCGUUUAACAAUGUCUUGCCAAAUGUUUCAUUAAAUAUGACUCAUGAUCAAGGAACGUCGAGUGAAAAAAAUAUGUUAGAAAUGAUGGGAGAUACGACUAUAAGUGAAACUCCGAAUCCUUUGACCACUGACGGAAGCGACGAAGCAGCCAUGGCUGUAAUAAUGAGCCUCUUGGAAGCAGAUGCUGGUCUAGGAGGCCCUGUAGACUUUUCGGGACUUCCUUGGCCGCUUCCUUAACUUACAAAUUUAAUAAACUCCAUUUAUCAUAACAUAAUUAAUAACUUUAAAAUGUCGUGAUACUUCUCAUGCACUCCUUUGAGUCUGGAUUAAAUAGACUCGUCUAGUACAAAUAAAAAAAAAAAAAUAUUCAUCAUCGGUUUAUGUUAAGUGAUCUGUAAAUAUUAUAUUAAUGAGUAAUGAGAUAUUUUAUAAUUGAUUA